GCUCCAAGCACCACUCUACUACAUUUACCAUUUACACUUCACUCGUUAAACCAUUCAAUACUCACUUCUCUCAAAUUCAAAUUCACAUUCAAAUUCACAUUCACGUUCAUGGAUUGUUUUUCUUCCCCUUAUCACCACCACCACCACCACCACCACAACCACCGCUCUCGAACCAAGUCAUCGUCGCGUUCGGUUCGCAGAGACGAGAACUCGGUUCCGGUCGAGCCUCUUCGAAUUUCCAUCGACUGUGUUCAGUCACCGCCGGCCACCACGGCCAAUCCUUCGUCGCGGUCUCCGCUCUCUCUCCUCCGAUCUCCGACGAGCUCUCUUCCGCUCAGGGAGCUUCUCCUUCUUUCCCCUUCUUCCGCGCGGAGAUCCAAAGCGCGGUUCGACGAUGAGGCGCCGGAGGCCGCAGGAAUGCGGCGCCGGUGCAAGAACAUGGCGGCGUCGCCUAGGAGCUCGAGGCGGUGGAGGCGCGAGGAGAAGGAGGGAGGUCCGGUGGAGGAGGCUGUGAAACAGAAGAAGAGGAGGCACAGCGGGAGACACAGGAAGGAGAGGCUUAGCUUGGUUCCUUUUCAACCACCUUCAACUUCAUCUCUAAAAGCUGAUGAAGAGAAUGGGGCUGAUCUAGAUCGUGUUGGGGCGUUGAUCACUGAUUUGAUUAUGUGGAGAGAUGUUUCGAAAUCGACCCUUUGGUUUGGUUUCGGGUGUCUUUGUUUCUUGUCUUCUUGCUUCACUAAAGGAAUCAACGUUAGCAUUUUCUCGGCCAUAUCGCGAUUGGCAAUUCUAUUGUUGGGUGUUUCCUUCUUCUCAAACUCAGUUUUCCAAAGAAACCAGAUUGAGAAAAGGAGUUUUGCCAAGCUGAAAGAAGAUGACAUUUUACAUCUUGCAAAAUUGAUUCUUCCUGCAUUAAAUUUUGCAUUUUCAAAGACUAGAGAGCUGUUUUCAGGAGAACCGUCCAUGACCCUGAGAGUAGCUCCUUUCCUUCUACUUGGAGCGGAGUAUGGUCAUCUUAUUACAAUGUGGAGGCUCUGUGCCAUUGGAUUUUUUGUCAGCUUCAGUGUACCAAAGCUUUAUUCUUGUUAUUCGACUCAGAUAAACCAGCGAGUUGAGUGCUUGAAAUUGCGAUUGUUGGACACAUGGAGUGUUUGUACUCACAAGAAGAAAGUGCUCGCUUCGGUGCUUGUUACCUUCUGGAAUCUAUCUACAAUAAAGACUCGAAUUUGCACAGCAUUUAUAUUGCUUGUAAUACUCAGAUAUUUCCGGCAAAAUAUCAUGGAAAAUGUAGAAGCUGAUGAAGUGGCAGAGAAGGAACAGCAUCAGGCAUUGGUAGUGGUGGCAGAGCCUGAGCAAGAGGAAUCGCGGCAUGCACUGGUGGUUGCUGAACAAAAGCACCAAUGCUAGAAACUUUCUUCAUCCAGCCAUUUCUUUGCAGUUUAAAAUUAACAGUAAAAACGUGCUUUCAAAAUCAGCCAAUCGAAAGCCAUUAAUUGUCCUAGUCAGCCUGUUCAAUAAAUCACGUAUCCAUUCAUAUUUUUACACUUAGCACGAAUGUAUCCUGCACCGAUAGACGGGGCAUGUCUUUGUAGCUAGGUGAAAAAUAAUUAAUGUACUUUUAUUCCAGUAAAUGACUCAAGUCAGUGCAGAAAUGUAUUAAA